AUGUCUACACCACUUCUUUCAAGUAAUACAGCACAAACCCUCGGAGCUGCAGCAGCUUCCAUGACAAGCGAUGCACGCUUCUCUUUCCUUCAGAAGUUCCGUGAACAGCGUUUAGCUAAUCUCAGACCCCUUGGCGAUUUUUUUGAUAAAAACAGAAUCAGCUUCACAUCUUCUUUUCAUACUAUUAGUCAACGUUGGAAUUAUAAUUUACAAUACUUUUCAGCAAAUUACUUGUUAAUUAUCUUGGGUUUGGGCAUCUAUGCAAUUAUCACAAGUUGGUGGUUGGUAUUUACUAUUGCAUUUGUUUUCGGUGGAUUUUACUUGAUUUCUCGUUUAGACGGGCCUCUUACAAUCGGAGGAGCCGCUUUAUCACCAUCAUCUCUCUAUGCUACAUAUGCAGGUGUUUCUUUGCUUUUACUACUUUUCUCGGGAGCCACAGGCGCUAUUUUUUGGAUUAUAGGCGCUGCUGCUUUAAUUAUUUUGGGACACGCUGCCGUUCUUGAGCCAGGAUUGGAAGGUGACUUUUCUGCUGAUGGACAAGUUUAA